AACAAAAGGUGAUCCUUUUCUGGGAAGCAGUUUCAGACUUCAUAAUCCUCAAGCAGUUGUUUUACUCCAGCUAGCAACAGCCCAGCCUGCAGUGGACUUGGGAAGCUGAGCUUUGGUGGUGUGUAUCGAAAUGCCAGUAAGGGAAAACAAGCAUCAGCCUCACUGUGUACCACUCACAGAGCACACAGAUUCUCCUACAUGUGUUUUCCAGUCACUUCCCUUGCCUCCUGUGAAAGAAGCCAAACAGCCAACAUGGGAAUGCCUGGACAGAGAUGUGAUGUUGAACAGAGAGAUGCACUUUGAACAGCAUCAUUUCUGUGCAGUAGUCGCCCCCCUUCCGACUUUGGUAUUAAUUGCUGCAUUACCAUUGCCCUGUAAGACAGUCUGCAAAGCUUGGCAUGGCAAACUCCUCCUUCCUGCUGCUUUCCACAGAAGCUCCGGGUGUGUUUGACUUACUAGUAAAUGCCAUCCGGACUGAUAAAUCGACAAGGCAACCUAUAGCAUACAUGUAAGGCUGUUACCCUCAGGAGCCAAGCAUUCCUGCUGCUGGGGUGAGCUGUGUCUUUAACACAAGCUGUACAAGGAAGCUUCCCCCUGCAACCGUUCCUGAAAGCUGGGAGAGAAAUCUAUCUCAGCACAGAGGAGGUCUUGCUGCUGGAGCCUCAGAGCGGAGUGCUGUGCCAUCUAAGUUGGAAGAGACUUUUUUCUAUCAGGGCUCAAGAGAGAGAUUGAAGAGCUGCCUUCCUCCUGUGAACCAUGAGUGGCUGUUCGAAAAGAUGUAAGCAUGGGAUUGUUAAAUUUGCCCAGACCGUCUUCAAACUCAUCACAGGCACUCUCAACAAAGAUAAAAUUGAAGAUGAAUUGGAAAUGACCACAGUAUGCCAUCGGCCUGAAGGACUGGAACAACUUGAGGCACAAACCAAUUUCACCAAGAAGGAACUUCAAGUGCUUUACAGAGGAUUCAAAAAUGAAUGUCCUAGUGGAGCUGUUAACGAAGAGACAUUCAAACACAUCUAUGCACAGUUUUUCCCACAUGGGGAUGCCAGUAUGUAUGCCCAUUAUCUCUUUAAUGCAUUUGAUACAUCACAGAACGGAUCGGUGAAGUUUGAGGAUUUUGUGACUGCACUAUCCAUUCUGUUGAGGGGAACAGUUCACGAAAAACUACGAUGGACGUUUAAUCUGUAUGACAUAAAUAAAGAUGGCUACAUAAACAAGGAGGAGAUGAUGGAUAUAGUGAAGGCAAUUUAUGACAUGAUGGGCAAAUAUACCUACCCAGUGCUGAAAGAAGAUGCACCAAGGCAGCACGUAGAAGUAUUUUUCCAGAAAAUGGAUAAAAAUAAAGAUGGUGUUGUAACUUUGGAUGAGUUCAUUGAAUCAUGUCAGGAGGAUGACAAUAUCAUGAGAUCCUUACAGCUGUUUGAAAAUGUCAUGUAAUGGCUGCUGAAGAGCAGCGUAGGAAUCAGAGACUUUAUACGUAAUGGGACCCUGAAGAAAAUGAGUCAAGAUUUUUCUCCCCACCACCUUUUUGAUGAAAGCUUUUUACUACUUGGACAUACUCAGCGUGCAAGGAUUUUGUAUGCCAUCGCGAACUGGGCCGUGUGUCUGAACGCACCAGACUUGAUCUCACCGUCCUCAAAAGACUCUGACUGAAAUUUAUUUCAUUUGGAAGCAUGCUAAUAAAAACCUGACCAGAGGGACCUGCUGUUUAAAAGGUUUAAUGAAUUGAAGUUUAAAUGAUUAAAAUAUUCAAUGUUCUGUUAGCUAAUCACAAAACUUCUUCUGCUUUUGUUCUAUCGAGCUGGAUUUACCUAUGGUAGCGCAGCAUCAGUAGGCUUGCUUAACCAUCUAUUGUGAGCAGAAACUCUUUUUGUACCCUUGUGGGGCAAAAGGUUGUACUAAUAUUUUUGGUUCAACAGAAAUGUGCCAGUAAAGCUCAUGCAACUUCUGGAAACUAACACCUGUGAAACAUAGAUGGAGGGUGAGAUUAAUUUAGGCCUUCUCUGCGUGACCAGGUUAUUGUCCAACCCAUGCAGAGUUGUGGGUGUUUUGUUGUGCAACAAUCAGAGAAUGUCACUCAAGGAAAUAUAUCCCAUUGAAUGAUACUGCAUUUUCCAGCACUUAAACUGCAAUAGAUUGUUGUGAACAAAAUAUGUUUCUUUUCUCUACUAGCUACUGUGACCUGGAGAGGGCCUUCAGGGCUUUGUUUUGUAUUACAACCAUUGGUUAACAUCCAUUAGAUCAGUAACAAGUAAUCCAAGUCUAUUCCUAUCCUAUAAUUGUGUUAUGUAGUCAUUCUAACACAGGCAGUGUGCUGGAAGCAAGGAGAUUACAAUGGAAGCUGAACCUGACAGGUCUCCUGACAAAGAUUAGGGAAGUCCCUUGUCAGUUUGAUCAUUGCUGUCAUUGGGAGACAGACGAUGAAACUAACAAGUGUAUUGCACAUUGAUAUGCUUUCCUUCAGACUUAUAAGAGACAGCUGUUUGGCUUCCCUUUCCGGAUAGAGUGCAUCCAUUUUCUGAAAAGUAGAUCUGUUUUUGUUCUUGUUUUAAGGAAUUAGGGUAGUAACGAGAACACCACUUGUAUAGCUAUCCAACUUCCACCCCCUGUUAUACAGUAUAUUGGUUAUUUCUGUACUGUAGGGAUGAGGACCUUUUAGCCCUCCAAACACUGCUGGACAACUAUUCCCAUUGUGUUUGACCAUUAAUUAAACUAGCUGGAAGUGAUAUGAGAUGAACCAACAGCAUCUUAGAGGAUCAGUGGUUCCCCAUCCCUCCCCUACUUUUUUUGAGUUGGGAGUUGAAGGACUCUUCUGAAAAACCAGGAGGAGCAUACUCAGAAGCAAUUGUCUGCCCAAGAUAUCAAAUUGCUUGCCUUUUGCUCUCAGGAAUAUAUAUUUAGGUAUCCCCACCCUCACCCCUGAUUAAUUCCAGUGAACUUUCUCAUAGUUCAUAAUAGGUCACAGGAGCACAGAAUGUUAUUUCCUUUAGUACAAAGAGAGGGGUCAGUAGACAGUCCUGGAUAUUGUUUUGGAUCACAACAAUAACUGUUGUACAUGGAUCUCUAGGCAGCCCGCCUAGUCUUGUCAGGCAAAGACCUCCAAUGAAAUGAACUGAGGUCAUGAAGAAGCAAUUUCUUGUGUAUUGUGCCCAGAGUUGUCAAGCACAAAUGCACGCAUGGUGUUCUCUAUAUAGUGAUAAAAAGUUAUCAAAAAGUGUGCUAAAUAAACAUUUAGAGUACUUUGAAAGAUAUUUUAUUUGUACAAAAUAAGUCAAAGCCAUGAAGCUGGAGUCCUGAGUAAACAUUAAGCACACAUUAAUUUCACAAGGGUCUGGAGCUCCAGUUUGUAACAAAAUGAUGAUCUUUAGGAGUCAACAUAAAUAACAGUGAUAACCUCCAAAUGAUGGAGAAUCUGGCGUAUUUGACCAAAACAUUUUAAAUGGUUUGAAAAUACCUUUCAUAGGACCAGAGGCAGGGGUGUAUGUAAUUCUGUUGACACGUUUGCCCUUUUCAGGAACAACAUUUUUGGAACAGAAAUUCUAUGACUGAAAUCCUGCUCAUAUACGUUUUGUUGUGUAAGACUCAUGUCACCAUCAGCCUUAUGUGGUUUAACCUACACACACAGGAUUUCAGUCUACAUGUUAUUGUUUGAACUAUAUUGACACAUCUCUUGAGAGAAAGCAAUGAUUGUUAAAUGAAUUUUGAUGCUGAAUGUAUGAAAGCAAUAUGUUGUACCCUUUGACACUGCAUUUCUACAUAGUACAUACAAUCCAUACCGUGUGGCCCCAAUUCUGUUAAAAAUUGACAUACUGUAAUAUGUAGCACAACACUAAGCAUGUUUUAUUCAAAAGCAAGUCCUAUGGGAUUCAAAUGGAAUUUAUAUCAAACAACUUGACUGGAAGUAGAUUCUUUUCAAACAAGUUUGCUUUGAAGUAAAACCUGGCUAAGACUGGGCUUACUAAAUCAAUUCCCACUGUUUUAGCAGCAUUCACAAUUAACUUUAUUGGGGCCAUAACCAUUUGACUUUGAAAGAACUUGUCCUGGCUGCCUGUUUGUUCUAACAAACCCCAUGAAUCCCUGCCAGGACAUCUAGUGUAAAAAGAAUGAAUAUUAGACCUGAGGAUUUUUGCUGAGGACAAGUACAGACAAACAGCAGUGGAAGAAAUAGCAGAAUAGUACAAUGUAACAUUUUGCAAGACUCUGAUGUUUGAAAGAGCUCCCAUUUUAGGAAAACAGAAUGAUAGAUAUUUAGAUACAAAUGACGAAGUUUAUAAAAAAAAAUAGUGCCAAGAUUAUCUUAAUUGCCUACUUUAAAGUGCCACCUGUCUGACUUGCCUGAGAACGGCCUGAAAAACUGAUUGCCUAGAAAGAUGAAGGGACUAUCUAUGGACAGAAGAAACAAGGAAUGGCAGCUACAAGUGGUUUGGCUUACAUUGCACCCUUUGUGAUUGUCUGAUUUCCAUGAAAGUUCUACAUAUAUUUUUAUGGACAAAUUACAUGUUAUGAAAAUAUAUUUUAAAUAUGACAUUCAUAGUUCUAUAUUUUAUAAAGCACAUGAAUUGUAAAGCCUAAAUGUAUGUAGAUGUAUGUACGGCUGAUACUGUUUUAACUGGAUUUGUGAUGUGAUUCAUAGAGUAGAACAGUGACAUGUUCUCAUAGGGUCCUAUACUUUAGGUCUCCUCUAAAUGCUCUCCACUAACUCUCUCUGGUUCCCAAAUGUCUCUCCUGUUUCUUGGCUCCAGCCUCACUUGCUUGUAUCCUUCCCGGCAAGAUCUUGCAUUGCAAACGCUGGCACCCUGAGCACCAUGUAUCGAGCACUAGCUGCUUUGCCCAUUUCCCAUUGCCAAUCACUGAAUGGGACCAAUUCACAGCUACUUCUGCUUUGCGCCGUGGAAACAAGUGCAGGAAGUAAAAUGAAGCCCAAAUGAGGUAUUCUGAUUAUUUAUAUUUCACCUGCCCUUGUGUGAGGAAAGAACAGAGAUCCAGCAGUAAGUCCUACUGGUGAGGUAUUACAAAAUUAAGAGUUUUGCCCCAUAGAAAUCAUUAUCUGGCAGAACGUUGAAUGCUUUUUAAAAAUAUAGUCGUAGUAUAAGCACUGUGGGGUGGUAUAUAAGAAGCUCACUUUUUUUGCUUAUAUACUUAAAAUGGUGGCCAAGAUCAUUUGGGCAGCUGAGUACAUAAUAUUUCCAUUGAAAUCUAUGGAACUCUGAAUCAUGAAUUCUGACUUAGGCAUUAUGUUCUUCGUAUUUGCGAAGGCUUUCACGGCCGGGAUCUAAUGGUUGUUGUGGGUUUUUCGGGCU